AUGUCGGAGAAUACCCACUCACACAGAGCUCAUCGCCAGGACUACCCAUACACUCCGCGUCGCAAGCGGGUCGGUCAGGCCUGUGAGCCAUGCAGGCGCAAAAAGACCAAAUGUCCCGGUGAACAGCCGAUUUGCUCUCAUUGUGCACGGCUUCGUCAGCCUUGCACGUACAUUCGGAGUCGAGCCAGUCGACCCAGCUCUCAGAGAGUGUCGGAGACUUCGGCUCUUGAUGCUCGCUCGGAAAGCUCGACUGAUGGGCCUCCGGGAGUGGAACGUCGUCUUGGACAUCUGGAGGCUCAGAUGACACGCGUUUUAUCUAAUCUAGAGCGCAGUGAGCGACAAAGUCAAGCGGAUAUACAGUCUUAUCAGGAGCAUACCACUCCUUCUUUACCAAACUGGGAAAGCAACGCAGAAGUUUCUCUGCCGCCGUGGGAAAAGGUGCUCGAAAUUGCGCAAGCAUUCUUGGUCUACUGUGAUUGCCAACCGCUCGCAUUGUUUCAUCGUCAAACCUUCUUGGCAAGUUUAGGUCAUCGGGAUCCUGAAAUUGUUUAUACUAUCUUGGCAUUGGCCAUCAGAUUCUGCUCACCCGAUAUACUGAACGACGCAGGCGGCAACACAGCUUCGCUACAUGCCUUGGUGCCAUCUUAUAUGGAAGCUGCACGCGAACGUGUCAUAAAGCGUGUCCUUAGUGGUCCUGUCGAGAUAUCUACACUCCAAGCUCUCUGUUUAUUGAGCAUGGUGGACUAUACCAAUGGCAAUGUUCAUCAAGCCACGAUACUUAGUAGCUUGGCUAUGAAUCUCGCCAGGUGUGCCAACCUUGCGUACGAACCUACUUCUAUACUUGAUCACGUGGUCAGAGAGGAACGACGCAGGUGUUUCUGGAGCAUCUGUCUGCUACGACGAUUUCACGGAGAAGAUGUGCACAUACUAGACUAUGCCAGUCCAGAAAAUCUGGUAAAAUAUCCCAAGAGUACCGGGGUAGCCCCUGAUAUCACCAAAACUGCGAACCCUGGUGUCGAGGUCCGGAUCACUCGAGGGAUGAAAGACGAAGGCAUUGUGGCAUAUUAUCUACAAUUAAGUGAGACCUUUUCUCGGACAGCGAGAUACGUAAAACGCCGAGGUAAGUCGAAUGGGGUUUUGCCAUGGUCACCAGAAUCCGAAUACUCGAAAAUCAUUGCGUCGCAGAUGGACAGUGAGACUCGUGUCCCGUAUAUCCAUCGCUUCAAAUUUUCCGGUCUUCCGGAUAGAUCCGCAGAUGACUUGCAGUCUAAUCGUGACUACUGGGGCCCCUGGUUUUUCAAUCAAUUCAUGUAUCAUACAAUCCUUUGCCUCCUCAACCAUCCACUCUUGUUGUCUCUGAGUCUUCGCAACCAUCGGAGCACCAUUCCUGAAAUCUUCAUACAACAUUCGUCGGACAUGAUAUCGACUCAUACUUCUUGGAUUGUUUAUUUCGUGAGUUACUUCGAGGAAAAGGGAUUUCGAAUAUCUGAUCCCUUCUUGGGUUACUGCGCUGCUGUCGUGGCGACUAUCGAGCUGCAACUCAGUUUUACCGAAGACGAAGGCAUUCGAAAAGAUAAACAAGAACGUUUCGAGAGUUGUCUGAAUUUUGUGCAGGAUCUAGGGAAGGAGUGGCCACACAUGGCGAAAAUGGCAGAGAAACUGCAAGCUUUGAAUGGAGCUGUUACGGCAUCCUAUGUUCCAUACACUAGAACACAAGACAAAAGCCUUGUCAUUGAUUUAUCUCGAUUUUGGGAGAUACUUGAUUAUUCUUCUGGCUUUUCAGAUGAGAGAAGCAGCUUAUUUGGCUCAACCCUGUUUUCAGAAAGUGGAAACAAGGCACAUGAAGUUUCCAGCACGACGCCUCUACCAGAACCGACGAGAAUCAGAGUCUCACGAAGGACAUCACAGGUUCCCGGCGAUACUCAGCUGGCCCCUCAAGAACCGGACCAAGGCUUUGACUCUAACAUGCUCCUGACACAGACAGAUAUAUAUGGAGACCAGUACUCCAUGCUUGCCGAAAAUUUCUUUGCCCAAGGACAAGACUUUCUGCGCAAUACGGAAGAUUGGUUUACGACAGGAAUUCUAUGA